AUGGAACAAAAGGCUGUCCCUCUUAGUUCGGAGUCCGUACGUGCGCCGCUUGUCGAUGUUAGCAACAGAGUCAAUAAUUGUCCCAGCCCAAGUUUGAUACAAGGGGAAGAAUCAAUGGGAGAUCCUCAUUAUUUGAGCUCGCCACAACCGAUGUCUAUUGUGACUAGUCCACCUGAGCAAAAAAGUUAUGUAGAUAACAACUGUCUUUCGCCUACGGCGAACCCGAAAACUUCAUCUAAGCGAAACUCAACCCUGUCAGCGAACUCAGUUAUUUCAAACCAGGGAAAGCGGAAAACCCAUAUCGGACCAUGGCAACUUGGGAAGAAUCUUGGGGAAGGAACAACAGGUCGGGUGCGGCUAGCGAAGCAUAAGUAUACUGGACAAACUGCUGCAAUUAAGAUAGUGUCGAAGACAUCUGCAGCGAUGACCCAGAGUGUCAGUAUUGCAGCAAUGGACCGGAAUAGAGGACUUCGAGGUAAAUCGGGGACCAGACAAAUGCCAUCUGGAAUCGAGCGGGAGGUCGUCAUCAUGAAACUUAUUGAGCAUCCAAACGUCGUCCGUUUGUACGAUGUGUGGGAGAAUAGAGGUGAAAUAUAUCUUGUACUCGAAUACGUUGAGGGCGGGGAGUUGUUCCACUACAUAACAAAACAUGGACCACUUCAGGAAUUCGAAGCAGUCAAGUUAUUCCGACAGAUACUUGCUGGCCUUGGAUACUGCCAUCGCUUCGGUAUCUGCCACCGAGAUUUGAAGCCGGAAAAUAUUCUUUUGGAUUCGCAGGGCAACGUGAAACUUGCUGACUUUGGAAUGGCGGCCCUUCAACCGGCGGGUUAUUGGCUUAAAACAUCAUGCGGAAGUCCGCAUUAUGCUGCCCCGGAAAUUAUUAGAGGUGAAGACUACCGCGGCGAUAAGGCUGAUCUAUGGAGCUGUGGUAUUAUCCUAUUUGCUCUGCUGACCAGUUAUUUGCCAUUUGACGACCAUGACGACAUCAGAAACACAUUAAAACUGGUGAAAACAGCCAAGGUCGAGAUCCCACCAGAUGUGAGUCCCGAAGCGGCGGAUCUCAUUCACAAGAUCCUUCAGAAAAAGCCAGAAAAACGAAUUGAUAUGGCGGAUGUUUGGAAGCAUCCUCUCUUGAGGAGAUAUGAAUGCUUGGACCCAGUAAUGUCUAAUCCUUACAUAGGUCCUGCACCUUCGUGGUCUGUGCAGGAGUGUGGACCGCGCAUUAGCAGGCAUGAACUUGAGUCGGAAACUGAUAUAUUAAGAAACCUUCAAACAUUAUGGCACGACGUGAAAAGGGAGAUUUUGAUUGAAAGGCUAUUGGAUCCAGAACCGACACUUGAGAGAAUGUUUUACAAUGCUCUAGUCAGGUUCAGAGAUGAGAAUUUGGAGAACUGGCCAGGUCAGUCUCUUGAGUACUCAGCCAGUGACUAUCACCACAUGUCUAGGGAUUCAAGUGGGACGUUCAGCCCACGGGAUAAUGGCCGCUCAAGAGGAUCUCGACGACGUGGCCAAGUCCCCAUGGGUAAAGCCGCUCAAUUAAGACGCAGUGCUUUUCAAGAGCCAAAAUCCUGCGCAACCGUCGGCAGCUAUGACCCCUUCCGUUCACCAUGUCAUGUUGUGUCCGGAAAAGAAGCAUAUACCCAUAUUACAAUCCAUAGGGACGUUCCGGAAAAUGCAGGCAAAAGGGAAGAAUCAGAUGCAAUUGCAGAGGCAAGCGUCAUAUCUGAAGAAGACUUUGGGGAUCAAACCCCAUGCCCUCCGAGCUCUCCUUUUGCUAUUAUACAGAACAAGAAAAAGCCGAGCUCUCUGAAGUCUUUCCACUCAAGAACCUCACAUAUUGGCAACCGACGACAACUUAACGGUGUGACGGCGCCUCGUUCUGCAAGCUACAAGCGAAAUGUUUGUUUCCGCCACGUGCGAAACCGUUCGCAAGGUUCGACAACUGCAACGAAAACGAAGGGAGCCCCUGUAAAUGUCCCAGAUAAAGAGAUGAGCGAGAACAGCCUGGUGUCCAUAGACGCUGGCCCCUUUGCUGAUCGGGAAAGUAGCCCACUAUUGCCUGCCCAACCAGCUGUGGUCCGAAGGCCCGGUGUUGCCCUGAGGACGUGCGCACCCCAGAAGAAGGUGCGCGAGUCAGAUUUCAUUUGGAAGGAUGAUGCACGCCAGGUCUCGCAUGAGCUUAGCCAAAUCUGCGAGGAGGCCUUUAAUCGCGCCUCAUUAUCAACAGGCUGCACAACAACAAGUACAUGCAUGAGCGCAGAGACCCCCGCAACGUCCGUGUCAAUGGCUAGUCCUGAAGCAUCACAUAGUCGUAUCGCUACUAGCAAUUCAAAAGCUCCGGUGACACCUUCACGUUGUGGAGAGUCCCCAAGGUCUUUUACGGCUGCUGAAUUGACUGAAACGCGGCGCAAACUCAUUGACCAUUCCACUCGGGAUGGCACCGAGGGCGUUCCUGGAUACCUUGUAGCUGUGAUCAAGCAUCUUGACCGUCUAAUCGAGAAGGACAAGGAGCGGCAGCGUGAGCGGCUUUAUACUCCUGAAGAUGCUAAUGAACCGGCUGCACAACCUAGUGUAUCAUCCCAGGAUGCCGGUGGCCUGCCAAAAAUAUCAGAAGAACUCCACAACCGACAAAGCAAUGGUGAAAAACAAUACAAGCCUUAUCGACCUGGUCUAACAACGAGCACUGGCACCAACACAGGUCGCCUUAGUCGGAAUGGCAUAGGAACCAUCCGAAUGGUCCCUCAAAGUUCUGUACCUUCCUUAGAAACUAUCCAACCUCUGACAAUCCGCAAGAAAAGCGAAGAUCCCUCCCCUAAUGAUGAUCACGAGGCAUUUGCGGACGGCUCCAACGAGGACAAUCUUGCACCAUGCAGAUAUUCUUCCAUGAACUCCUUCCAUUCCCACCGUCCUUGUGAGCUUGAUCCUAUCGCAGAAAUCCCGCCAAAGUCAGAGAAGCGCAACGCAGCGCGAUAUCCCGACAACAAGAAGUGGUCGUGGUUACCUAUCAAGUACCAACCACCCAUAGAAUCUGCAUGCAAGAAUCUGAAACCGCUACACCCAGUCGACAGAACUGUCACUGUGCAUGAGGUAAACCCCUCGACAGACAGUUCAACUGAUCAGUCGGAGACACCAACAGGAAAGAGCAAAGGAGGCUUCUUCAGGAAGUUCAUGAAGGGGAAAGCAAGUAAUCGCAAGCACCCUACAAUAGACUCCCAUACCACAGAAACAACUCCCAUACUCAACAAGUCCACAGAACAUACUCGCUUGGUAAACGCCGACAAACCCCUCCCCAAAAGACCAGGUACCUCACGCAAGCCUGUAAAUUGGUUUGCACGCAUGUUCUAUUUCACCCCUGCCACCAAGGCCGUCGCCCUCAACACCUCAAAACUGAAAGGCAGAAAAGAAGUGCACAAGAUCCUCCGGGAAUGGAAGCCCUUCGGAGUGAAUGUCCAUUACGACAAAGCCGACGGCAUAAUCCACGGAAAAGUCUCCAGUUCCAACUUGGGUCGCAUCCGCCCUGUUGCAUUUUCCGCUGAGUUCUACACUGUCCUCGAAGACGGCCGACGAGGCAACCUCAGCCUGGUACGAUUCAAACAAGAACGAGGCGCAGCCUCAUCCUUCAACCAGGUCAUCGACACCCUCAAAUUUUACAUGAAGCAACGCGGGCUGCUAGUCGAAGACCCAGUUCGUGCGCAGCAGAUGAUGAAGGUACUUGAUAAAUACCAGGAUCUUCAAGGUGAAUGA